UGCUUCUGCACGUGGUAACCCGCAUCGCAUUCGCUCUCAUCACACCAAACAGACAACUGCGUUUCGGUUUCUCUUUCUGUCAAAUUUCCGAGUAAAAAUUUGCGCUUUCUAAUAAAAUUGGAUUUAAAGUUUGUUUGUCUCUGUAAACCUUACAUUUUAAAAUGGCUGAAGUUACACUAGAUAGCAAAUUGUUGAAGCAAGUUGAGUACUAUUUUGGCGACAACAACUUCCCACGAGACAAAUUUAUGAAGACGGAAUGUGCUAAAGAUGAUGGUUGGAUUAAAAUUGAUACGAUGCUGACAUUCAAUCGGCUUAAAGCCCUAGUUCAAGACCUGCCUGCGGAGGAGCAAAAACAAAAAAUUGCCGACGUUUUGAAGGGGUCGAGUUUGGUCGAUGUUGACGAGGAUGGGACAAAGUUGCGCCGAAAUCAGGAUGUGCCAUUAGAUCCCAACACAGAAGCACGAACAGUAUAUUUGAAAGGUUUUCCUAAGACGGAGACUAAAUUGGACGAUCUGUUUGAAUUCUUCAAUCAGUAUGAGGGAGUCGAGGCCGUGGUUAUGCGGUGGUAUAAGGAGAAGACCUUUGAGGUUGCAAAAUCUGCUAAUGGAACUGAUGGUGAGAAGACAGAGGAAGGGGCCCCAAAGGAAUCAGAAGAGGGAGGAGAAGGAGUGGUCGUGUGGGUUAAAAAGUUUAAGGGGUCCAUCCUUGUCGUCUUCAAAUCUGUGGAGCUAGCCACAAAGUUCUUACAAGAAACUAACAUUGUUUUCAAAGGCAAUAAUAUUGACUUGAAAAUGUUUCACACCGAGUAUAAGAAACUGAAACGCGAAGAGUAUGUGGCUCGAGUUGAACUGCGAAAGAAGAAGGCAGGUGGAAGUCAGGACUCUGGUGACGCCAACGAUAAAGAAGCUGCUAAUGAAUCUGAACAUAAGGAAUCAAUGGUCAAAGGGGCUCUCGUGAAGCUCGCCAACAUUCCAAUUACGUGCAGUCGUGAAGACUUUAAAGAGAAAUGGUAUAGCGCUACCAAUGAAGAAGAUUUCAAGGUCGUUUUCGUGGACUUUAACAAAGGUGCUACUGAAGGAAUCGUCCGUCUCGAGAAAGCAGGGUCUGCAGUCGAGGCGGUGAAGAUUUUGACAGACGGCAAACUCAAACUGGGGGACGACUCCUUUAUCGAUAUCACUGCAAUGGAAGGCGAUGAAGAGCAGAAAUAUUUGGACGGAAUCACUGCGAAAAGAAUGCAAAUGAAACGCGGAAAUACUGGUAGGCACGGGGGUCGUGGGCGAGGAAGAGGUCAAGGAGGGAAAAAACGUCGUUAUUAGAUUUAAGACCAUAUUUUAAAUGGUGUAUUCGUGAAUUGAAGUGGUAACUUGUGUAGUUUCCUAUCCCAGUUGUUAAAUACAAAAUAUUAGUUACCACUUCCACGCACGAUCAAAAUAUUUCAUUGAGAAAAUGACUUACACUCUUGACAAAUAUCUAUAUCUUACAAUUAGUUUAUUGUAACGCAAAAGUUAAUUGUUUUUCUUUUUUAUCUUUAAACGAAAGUUUUGUACUGAGCGUGUUAGUAUCCAUCAUCUUAAUAAAAUAUUAUUAUUUGUUCUGAUCAGCUAUAAUAAUUCA